GGCGCAGUGCUGGACAGACCAUGUUUCUCUCCCGGAGUCUCCUGCUGGCGUUCCUGUUCUCCGCCCUCACGUUGUCGCACGGUGCUGAGCCCGGAGCUCCUCACGGUAAGAGGAGACAGAGUUCAGCGGGCGGCAGCAACGCCCUGCAGCACCCCCUGCAGGGGCCCCAGGGCCGACACUACAGCAGGGAGCGCGGCGGGCACAGGGGCCAGGGGGCCCGCGCCGGCAAAGGUGGAGCUGGUCUGCUGUCCCACAGACCACUGCACCCCCUGGCCCGGCCCGAGGAUGACGGGACAGGCCUGGAGAGUUUGGGCCCGGUGAGGCUGGAGAUGGGCCCCGGCAGGGACAGAGCCAGGAUGAGUGGGAAGAGUCAGGCGCAGAGCCGGGACAACCAGCUGCUGGGGACACGCAAAGGAAGGGGACAUGGACAUGGCAAUGGUCACGGACACCACUUGGAGCACAGGAGACAAGGGAGUCGGCGGGACAAAGAGCGGCAUGGCAAAGGAUUUCUCCCGGAGCCUGAGCUGAGCUCUGCGUUUAAGGACAGGGAUCUGUUGGAGGGCCCUCCCUCCUUCUCCUCAGUUGCCUCCCCCUCCCUCAGCAUGACCCCGCCCGAUGAAACCCCCUCCCCCAUCGCCGCUGUCUUUGGCUCUGGCUCUUCCAUGGUUACCACGGUGAUGAACGAGCAUCCCCCAACGCUGCCCCCAGCCUCCACCAAACCCCAGCGGUCUGGAAAGGGUAAAGGAGAGGGAGAUGUGAUGCCAACGCUGGACAUGGCGCUCUUUGAUUGGACAGACUAUGAGGACAUGAAGCCUGUGGACACCUGGCCCGCCUCCAGGAAGAAAGGUUCGUGUUGUGACUUGAGACAACAUGAGUGCCAACCUCACAACAGAGGCCUCAACAACAAAUGCUACGAUGACUGCAUGUGUGAGGAUGGGUUUCGCUGUUAUGCUAAAUUCCACCGGAAGCGGCGUGUGACUCGAAGAAAGGGGCGCUGCGUGGUGCCGGAGUCCGUAAGCAGCGACCAGGGUGGCUUCAUCACCAUCUGAGGUGGAGAAGGAGGAGGAGGAGGAGGACGACGAGAUGGAGGGAAUUGAGGGAGGAAGAUCCAGAUUUUUGUUUCCCAUAAACACUCUGACGCAGGAGCUAAGACAAGUGCUGAAAGGUGAUGGGUCGCUGUUUUUUUAAAUUGAUUCCACAGCAGAAAUUACAACACUUGGUCAUUUUAUACAAAAAAACAAGGGACUUAACUGGAAAAAUAUUGCAUUUUGGUUGGGCCACAUCUUUUAUCCAGCAAUCCCCCACCUUUAAGCAUUUUUUAAGUUUCAGUGUUAGUUAUUCUUAGGGCUGUGUAGUAUAAAUAUUGAUAUUGUCCUACAUUUACAAAACAAUUAUUCAUAUUGCCCAGCCCUUACUCAAAAAUCACUACUUUCUUUUCAAAGAUUUGUUUUUCACGAUGAUACAUUUUUGUAUUUGUUCAAGUCUGGUGGAAAAGUUCAACUCUGCUGGAAACACAACACUGAUUGAAAUCUGUCAACAUCACAUAGUGUAUGCGUGGAUAUUCACCUCACAUAUUUGAUGAGUUCUUCUUCUGCGGCUGCUUGUCUCUGUCCUUCUGAUCUGAGUCAAACAAUGUUUACAAAUCCUUUUUUAUUACUACAUUUCUGUGCUCGGAGUCCUAAACAGAUGGCUUUUAUUACUUCAGGAUGAUUCAAAUUCAGUCAAGUAAGCUGUCACUCAAACAAAUUAUGCUUGAAUCACCGUUUGGGUUUCUGUGUGAACUCUCUGCUACAUUUGGUUUCUUUCUUGUCACACAUGCUGAAAAUGAUUUGCAAACGCUAUUUGAACCCAGUCUGCUGUCCUGUUUUGUAAAUAAGAAAGUGUUUGAACAACUUUCUUUGUUAACUUGAUACCACUUCUCUUCAAAUGUACGUAACGGUAAAACGAUAAACAAAGACCCUGGUUUGAACUUGCUUUUACAUGUCUUAAUAUAUGUUUUAUUUAUACUGUACUUAAACACAUGUUUGUCCAGAUGUUGUGUUUGUCCGUCUUUUUUGGUUUUCAUGAUUAAACAAUUACUAGGAUAAACA